CAGGUGAAACCUACAAAGAAGGAUUCGCGGUGGGAUACAUAAUCGCCCAGGUGGCACUCUUCUUCCUCUAUAUGCUGGUGGCAAUACAUAUAAAAGUAGCGCGUACGAAUUCCCUACUGGUGAUGGGCUGCAUGGCAGCCUCGAUCGUCCUUUGGUCAAUUUCGUGCUUCUUAAACUCGUACAAUGUUUCCUAUAUAAUGUGGACCGUUGGGUUGUUGACUGUUCUCGUGGGGUAUGCAGCACACAGUACCACAACGAGGAGGAAACACGAGGAUGUGGGGUACAUCACUGAGCGGUUGGGUCUGUUCGUGAUGCUGGUGAUGGGAGAGUCGAUACUGGGCAUCGUGCUGAACGCUCAUCUUGGCGACACUUCGACGUAUAUGAUUGCCGGGUUUGGGUUCUUCACAGUCUUUAACAUCCAUCUGUGCUAUUUUGAGACCAUACCAGCGGAAGGCAUAGAAAAUGCUCUGCACAGCAACGCCAUACGCAGCCAGCUGGUGUACCUUGGCCAUUUAUUCGCUUGCUUCGGAUUACUUUGUGUGGGGAUGGGCUACAAGACAGCCAUGAAGUACAACGAGACGACACAGUCUACCCGGAAUCAAUGGAUCUUCUGCGGUGGGUUGGCGUUGGCGCUAUUCGCAAUGCAGAUCAUCCGCACAGCCAACCAGGACGGAUUCCAUGGGGAAUACUACUUCGCCACCAAGUUCAGAGUAUUCUUGCUAUUAGUCAGGCUGACGGUACCUAUUAUAGUGGCCACGAUGCCGCUCUGGGGGUUGGAUACCGUUGAUCUUAUCUUGGCUAUAUUUGGGGCCACAAGUAUAUACGUAGCUCUCGACAUCUACGGGCACUUCCGCUACGAGCGAGACCUGAACCUCGUACUACUCAACGAAUCUUCUAACGCAUACCUGGGACUAGAGGGCUUGGAAUAUCUGCAAGAUCCCUUCCCCGAUCUGUCUGACUUUGUUGGGUGGGAUGUGGUGGAAGUGCGCCUGUGGAUGAAGAAUGAUCUGGGGGCGGGUCUCGAGUCACUAGACAAGGCUGAAAAGUUCGACAUCACGGCGGAGAAAUUGUUUAGGGCCAGCGCGGCAGAAAUAAUCAUUGUGUUUGGAGAUAAAGAUGGCGGAAGAAUCGUCGUCGAAUUAAGUCGGAUAGCCAGUGGGAAUAAGAUGACGGGCAACUUCGACUCCAAUGUUGCGGAGGCAUGAUCCCGGACAAGGAAAUAUAACUUAGUAAAUUUAAUUAGUAAAGCAUGAAUUUGUAAG